CGCGCGGCGGGGGUGGGGCGGCAGCCGCAGGCCCACGCCGUAAACAGACAACAUGGCGGCGGCAGCGGCACCUGGCGCAUUGGGCACCUUGCAGGCCAGCCGCGCCCGCUUGGUGGCCGCUUGCUGUGCGCCGCUCGGACCUGGGUGGAGGCUGCACCGGUCCUUGACGGUCCCGCGGGUCAGCCCGGUGAUGUGGGCCCGGACGCCCGCGGCCGAGGGGGCGGCGCUGCGACGGGGCUACAGCUCUGAGGUGAAGACCGAGGACGAGCUGCGGGUGCGGUACCUGGAGGAGGAGAACCGAGGAAUUGUGGUGCUUGGAAUAAACAGAGCUUAUGCCAAAAAUUCAUUCAGUAAAAAUCUUGUAAAAAUGCUCUCAAAAGCUGUGGACGCUUUAAAAUCUGAUAAGAAAGUACGGACCGUAAUAGUCAGGAGUGAAGUCCCAGGGAUAUUCUGUGCUGGUGCUGACCUUAAGGAAAGAGUCAAAAUGCAUUCCAGUGAAGUUGGUCCUUUUGUCUCCAAAAUAAGAGCAGUGAUUAAUGAAAUUGCUAAUCUCCCAGUGCCAACGAUUGCGGCCCUAGAUGGACUCGCUCUGGGUGGUGGCCUGGAACUGGCGCUAGCCUGUGAUAUCAGAGUAGCAGCUGCUUCUGCAAAAAUGGGCCUGGUUGAAACAAAGUUGGCAAUUAUUCCUGGUGGAGGGGGAACACAAAGAUUGCCUCGCGCCAUUGGGAUGUCACUGGCCAAAGAGCUCAUCUUCUCUGCACGGGUGCUGGAUGGCCAGGAAGCCAAGGCUGUGGGCUUGGUCAGCCACGUUCUGGAGCAGAACCAGGAGGGUGAUGCUGCCUACAGGAAGGCCUUGGACCUAGCGAGAGAGUUUUUACCUCAGGGACCUGUUGCAAUGCGAGUGGCAAAAUUAGCAAUUAAUCAAGGGAUGGAGGUCGAUUUAGUAACAGGGUUAGCCAUAGAAGAAGCUUGUUACGCUCAGACUAUUCCAACGAAAGACAGACUUGAAGGUCUUCUGGCUUUUAAGGAGAAAAGGUCCCCUCGCUUUAAAGGAGAAUAGAAGAAACAAAUGUUUAAAAUGCCAGUGUAAUAAACGUACUUCUGGAAGUAUCUUUCAGACCCACGUAUGCCUCAGCACCUGGAAUCCCAGUGACCAAAGUGAAGCGUGAGAUAGCUAUGCACUGAAUUAAGCAUCUGGAGCUGACCCAUAUCUGUACUUUAUUCCAAUGUGUAUCAUGUAUUUAUUCAGAUUUAUAAAGCUAGUAGUCUAUACUGUCAAAACAGAUUCAAAAUUAGAUAAAACAUUUAAAAAUAUUUCCUGCAUAUGAGGCUUUCUGUUAUUAAUUUUUUAAUGUGAAUAAUUUAUGUAUUGCACAACCUAGGAAAUAAUGUUGAUUGUAUGCCUACUGUGCUGCAAUACGAAAAUAAAAUUAUUUCUGUAUACCAAAAAUAUGAAGUUACACCAAAUAAAGUUUCUAAGGGAUUAUACACACAUGCACACACACAUGCAUCUCAAACUGAACAAGGAAUUGACAGAUAUUCUGAGUGAAAUUUACCAAAUAUAAAUAAAAUUAGUGAAAAGAAAACUUGGGAA